GUCAGAGUAUACAAACUCUCUCUCUCUCCCUCUCUCCCUCUCUCUCUCUCUGAAAUCACGAUGGCUGGCCAUGGCCAGAGGAUGGAUGUUGGGGAAGAGCAGGAAGAGUUAGCUCUGUUUCAUUCUUACCCUAACUGUGCAUACUACGUGCAAAGCCCAUCAACCCUCUCUCAUGCCAACAGUACCACCACCGAUUUCAGGUUCAUUAACAAUGAACUAUCCGUCUUUCACUCGCCGCCGCAAUCCGAACAUUUCAUCAUCACCAAUCCUAGCACCUUGGUCAGCUCGACCCGGGAGGCGUCCCGGUUCGAACUCUCUCGGUACUCGUCUUCACGGGGAUCGAACCACUCAUUUUUGCACGAGAAGAAGAUCUCUUACGAUCUCCAGAGCCACGGGGGCGGGUCGAUCGAGAAUGGUGACAAUGCUUUGAUCCUGGUUCACGGGAACGGAAAAGGUGGUGACGGGGAGGAGGAAGAGGGGGAGGAGGAGGAGCAUGAGGAGGAGUAUUACGGGUUUGGGGGAGGAAAAGGAGAAGGGUGGUGGAGAUAUUUUUCAUUUAGGACAUCUUCGUCAAGUGCUUGGAUUGCUUUGCAAAUAAGUUGGAGGCUUAUGGUGAGUUUGGGAGUUGCUUUGCUUGUUUUCUACUUGGCUACAAAGCCCCCACCCCCCAAGGUCUCCGUUAAGAUGGCAAGAGUAGGGGAAUUUGGGCUGGGGGAGGGAGUGGAUGGCUCAGGGGUGGCAACCAAGAUCCUCACUUGCAACUGCUCUUUGGAUUUGGUCAUUGAUAACAAGUCCAAGAUCUUUGGCCUUCACCUUCAACCUCCUCUCAUCUCUGUCUCCUUCUCCAAUCUCCCUUUUGCUUCCUCUUCUGGCCCAGAACUAUACGCGGAGAGCCACGGUUCAACGCUGUUCCGGUUGUACGUGGGUACCAGGAACGAGCCCGUCUACGGAGCGGGCCGGGCCAUGCAGGACAUGCUGGACUCAGCUAAUGGGCUGCCCCUCCUCGUUCGCGUGGGCCUUAGGUCCAGUUUCCAUGUGGUUUGGAACCUCAUCAGGCCCAAAUUCCACCACCGAGCCCAGUGUUCGUUGGUCCUCCACAGAGCCUAUGAUAAAAAACGCAGAUCCCAAUCCUUCAGAAGUAACUGCAUCUUGACCUAAUCCUUGCAUGAAUGAAACGAGUUUUGACUUCCAAGAAUAUAAUAGAAUAAAAAUUUUAAUAGAAAAAAUGUUAAAUUCAA